AUACAAUCCCGCGCGGUCCGUAUGCCUUGGUUGCCAACUGCUGUCUUUUUAAGCUGUAUCCCACUGUAGCGCAAUCGCUUCUCGAGUUCGUCGGGUUGUUUGUGUGUUAUUGCGUAAUGUUGAAUGCUGCGCGGAAGUACUGAUAAUACGGGAAAAUGCAGCCCAGCCAAUUGCACAGCGCAGUGAACUAUCCGUGCAGGGUAGCUCCACGGUUAUGAUGGUCUAGUGCCCUCACAGCUGUUCUGCCAUCGACGAAAGCAGCGAAAUGCCCUCGAACCCGUCGUCCGAACUUGAAUACGGAGAUGUUCUGCCUUUGCCGAGAGAUCAUGGAAAUAAGCUGAGACGCACACGCAACCUUGUUGGCUUUUGGUUGUUGGGACUCUGUAACAAUUAUGCUUAUGUUGUUAUGCUCAGCGCCGCGUUCGACAUCCUCAAUAAAGAAGUCGGCCCUCAUAAUGUCACGGUAGAUCCGCAUCCACCCAACACUACAAGAUGCAAUCCAACAUCCACAGGAGUAAGACUCUUUUAUUGUUACCAACAUGUGAUGAUACAAGGCUCGCAUUACGAAUGCAUGCAGUUUU